ACAGAGCCCAUGCUGGCGUAACGCAGCCAAGAUCCUGGAGUUACACCAGGGGAGAUUUUGACCCUGGCACUGAGCACCUGGCAAGGGGCUGAGCAAACAGGGAAGUUGCAAAAGAAAUGUUCUUUGUCAGGCACAGCCCUGGAGUUUCCCCACAAUUGUGGGCCGGGGGAGUCAACGAGCAACCUGGAGAAGCAGCCAAUGGGGCGGCAGAUUUUGCCACCUCACCCCCAGGAGGCUCCUAUUUAACAGGGCAGCUUGUGAAGUGGGGAGCAGAAUCUUGCAAGGUUGCACCGGAAGGUGGCUCUGCCCAGCGUGAUGAAGGCUGCCGUGUUCCUGCUGCUCGCCCUCCUGGUGCCCGCAUGGCACGCGGGGGCUCAGUGUAUCAUUGACAACGUGGUGGAUCUGAAGGUGCAGGCGGCGAUUAGCUCCAUAGUGUCCACCACCCUGGCCAAAGCCAAGCUCCUCUGCCAGGAUGUCUCGGCGCGUGGGGCCCUUGUCACCUGCCCAACAGACUACAAGCCCACGGGCUGCGCCUGCGGAAUGGGCUAUCAGGACUUCUCAAAUGAUGCCUCCCAAGUCAUCUUUGUCCAGAACAGAUCCCUGUCCAAGGGGGAGAUGUGCAAGGUGGCACUCUGA